GGCACGCCGAACCCGAUCCAAUCGGUUUUUUCACCACUCGGUAUCACGGCGCUGAAGGGAAAUUUUGUCGGGACUGUGCACCCAAUUUUUACUCAGUUCUAGUGUUGGUGGUUGUGAUUUUUGGUUUCUGUUUUUUAUUUUUUGGGUUUUCCCCUUUUUUUCGGCGAAUCGCUGCGGCGCGGGACCGAAAACCACCCUCAGGAUUCGGAUUUGGAGAUUAAUAUAAUAAUUGUGGGCAUUCAUUAAAUGAAGAAGAGGAAAUGAGGGUGCGUUAGCGGAGAGUAUGGGACCGGCGGCGGAAUGGGCAUGCGCACACACCCACUGGGCAAGUCUCGUCCGCGAACGUCUCCAUCGCCACUGACCGACAGCCAACACGAAGACGAGGUGCCCGAGCUGCGCCAACGACCGAACCGUCUGCGCAGCCCGACCGACAUUGCCGCGCAGCAGGACCACGAACCGAUCUUCGAGCACAACUGCAGGACGGGCGUGUCGAGGAGGUUCUACCCUCUGUUGGCGGUCUCUGCCUUCAUCUUCCUGCAAACAGGUUUCUGUUAUCAGGAUGCAGUCCACAUCACCGCCAUCCUUGGCGAGUCGGUGGUGUUCAACUGUCACGUGGAGUUCCCCGAAGGACACCCGGUGCCGUACGUGUUACAGUGGGAGAAGAAGGUAGGCGAGACGGGUCAAGACAUACCAAUAUUCAUCUGGUAUGAAAGCUACCCCACGCACAGCGGAGAGGGAUAUGAGGGCCGAGUGUCCAGAGUAUCACCCGACUCUCCCUAUGGAUCGGCAUCCCUCAAUCUCACCAACAUCCGGGAAUCGGACCAAGGAUGGUACGAAUGUAAGGUGGUGUUCCUCAACAGAUCCCCGAAUCAAAACAAGAAUGGAACGUGGUUUCAUCUGGACGUGCACGCACCCCCCCGAUUUGUGGUGACACCGGAGGAUGUGAUUUACGUGAAUUUGGGUGACGCUAUUAUUUUAAAUUGCCAGGCUGAAGGUACCCCGACGCCAGAAAUCCUUUGGUAUAAGGAUGCCAAUCCGGUUGAACCGUCGGCCACGAUAGGCAUCUUCAACGACGGCACCGAGUUGAGGAUCUCGAACAUCCGACACGAGGACAUCGGUGAUUACACGUGCAUCGCCAGAAACGGCGAGGGACAAAUCUCGCACACUGCCAGAGUAAUUAUUGCCGGAGGUGCUGUUAUUAUGGUACCGCCCACCAAUCAGACCAAACUCGAAGGCGAAAAGGUCCAGUUUAACUGUGAGGCUAAGGCCCAACCGGGAAACGUGACGGUGCGAUGGUACAGAGAAGGUGCACCGGUUAAAGAUGUUUCAUCAUUAGAAACAAGGGUGACCAUCAGGAGGGAUGGUUCGUUAGUUAUCAAUCCAGUUAGUUCCGAUGACUCUGGUCAGUACAUGUGCGAAGUCAGCAAUGGAAUUGGGGAACCUCAAUCUGCUUCCGCCUAUCUAAAUGUCGAAUAUCCAGCCAAAGUAACAUUUACCCCAACUGUUCAGUAUCUACCCUUCAGAUUGGCCGGCGUAGUUCAGUGUUACAUCAAAGCAAACCCUCCUCUACAGUACGUCACAUGGACCAAAGACAAGAGACUUUUAGAACCCUAUCAAACAAAGGACAUCGUGAUCAUGAACAAUGGCUCGUUACUGUUCACGCGUGUCAACGAGAACCAUCAGGGGAGGUACACGUGCACACCUUACAACGCCCAAGGUACUCAGGGCAGUUCCGGGCAGAUGGAGGUUUUGGUCCGGAAGCCUCCGGUGUUCACCGUCGAACCCGAAGCGAUGUAUCAACGGAAGGUCGGGGAAACUGUUGAGAUGCAUUGCGAAGCUUUGGAAGCUGAGGGCACUCAGAAACCCAACGUUCAAUGGCAAAGGAGAGACGGGUCUCCGUUGCCGAAAAAUCGUGUGAAAAUAGUGGGCGGCAACAUUACCAUUGAAAGCCUUCGCCGAUCCGAUUUCGGCUUCUAUCAGUGCGUCGCCUCCAACGAAGUCGCUACUAUAGUUACCGCUUCCCAAUUAGUUGUAGAAGGUACUCAGCCUCAUGCACCUUAUAACCUCACCGGCACCGCGUCCGAAUUCUACGUGACCUUAAGCUGGUUACCGGGAUACAGCGGAGGUCCGGAUUACAAACAAGAUUACACUUUGUGGUACCGCGAAGCGGGAGUCACGGAAUGGAGCACCAUUCCUGUCACUCCUUCAGGCAGUACACAAGUAACGAUUAAUAGACUGGCACCAGGAACGACUUACGAGUUCCAAGUGAUCGGAAAAAACGCUUUGGGUGAUGGAAUGAUGAGCAAAGUCAUCACCGUCAGAACGCUGGAUGUGGGUUUACCUAGUAAAGUUCAAGUUACCCCUACCCCUUUUCAUAAUACUGAUUCUGCUAACAUGGAUUUCCUAAAUUCCCUAGGACCAAAACCUGGUGUCCCGCGGAACCUGACCGUAACCGAGAUCAGUAACGGGUUCCUGAUAACGUGGAUGCCGCCGAUCGAAAGGGCGAAUCUGAUCCAGCACUACGUGAUCAAAUAUCGAACUGACGGCCCCUGGAAGACGCUGAACAAAGCGCAGAUCCGGCCCGAGGACACGCACUAUCUGGUCAAAAAUCUCGUCGGCGGUAGGACCUAUUACUUCCGCAUCCUGGCCUAUUCGACCAAGAGCUACGAGAGCAGCGAGGAGGUCAAGUUUUCGGUGCCUGCGCGGGUCAAGCACAAAGCCAUCACCGCUGGGGUCGUUGGCGGUAUUCUUUUCUUUAUCGUCGCCAUCAUUCUGUCGGUCUGCGCCGUCAAGAUCUGCAAUAAACGGAAGAGACGGAAACAGGAAAAAGCUUAUAAUAUGGUAGCAUGUAGAAUAACAGAUUCUAGAAACGGGGGAAACGCCACGGACAGCCAAGUGCCUUUGAAAAAAUUUAGAAAAGGCAGAAUACCAGGUAUGAGAAUCCUUGCGUUCAUUGCCAACUGGAUCUGGCCUCGUGACCGUUGCCGGUCGGGAAGCCUAUCCAGCCUGACCUGGCAUCCGGAUUACCUGCACACCGGCUCAACGAAAUCUCUGGCGCGCAUUUCCAGAGCAGCCGACGGUCGAUUUGUGCUCGUCGACUCCGUUCUUAGUUUGAGAGCCGACAGUCCUUCAAACAUGAGCAGCAGCGAUGACGGAGGGUUUUUGCCCAGGAAGAGCAGGAAUAGGGCGUCUUGGAGAAAACCUUUGGUCGGAUAUCCGAGUCAGUUAAGUCUUAGAUCUGACGCCUCUGGUCAGAGCACGAAGGUUUUAACCAACUUUUUCCUGGGGCAAAAAAUCUUGCAUCCAACUUUGAAACCUAUACCUACUAUCUACAGUCCGAUGACCCCUAAGUUUCAAUCCAGUUCUCCUGCCACUUCUAGUGGUUUGUUAUUAAGUCCUUGGUCACCAAUGUAUUUUAGCGACCUCAGCUCUGUACGUUAUCCAAGUUCUGGUGAGAGGUCUUACCCGACACCUCCAGGUUUUAUCCAAUUGAAAUCAGUACAUGAACGAUAUUCUCAAGAGUUACCCAGCUUGAGAGCAAUACAUGAAGAGCAUCAAGGUUUUAUACCAGUACAUCCUAUUCGUGACAGUCCUAGAGUAGCACCUCAAACUAGAUCAAGGGCGAGUAGACUGUUGCCACCAAGACAUGCGAGACUGGCAAGAAGUGCGCCAGAAUUGGACCACUUAGAUCGUUCACCAGAAAGUAGGAGCAGUUCCAGCGGUUUCGGUAGCAAAAACACCUCCCAGCAAAACCAGAGCUCACAUAGCGGAAGUAUGUUCAACGAGUGGCGUCUUCCACCAUAUCGUGCACCACCUCCACCGCCUACGAUCCUUCCCCCGCCUCCCCCCAUAGUGGGACAUUGGUUGGAGUUGGCAUCUUCAUCACCGUCAGCUUCCGACCACCUUCACAAGGCUGUAGACGUUGGUAGUGUCGACGGCCAUUACGAAUUCGAUCCCAGCACCCCAACGCCAACUCCUUCAACACCAAUAGGUUCCAGAGAUAUAGAUCUGGAUUCGGGACCUCCGACGACUAGGAAGAGUUACAGCACGUUGAGAGGGAGGUACGAUAACAUCGAUGCGAGAGUGCAGGCGAUGAAGGAGGAGUUCAACGAGUUCAGGAAAAGGCAGGCCAGCAGACGACGGACGCAGGAACUGGAGAGCGCUUGCUGAGUAUUAACGCGUCGAGCAAUCGGUUUUGGUGGGUCAUUGGGUCAUUGCGCACAAAUGUCUGUUUUGACUUUUUUGUUUUGAUGUGGGAAAGUAACAAGAAUGAUUUUGUACUCCGCUAUAAUUAAUUAUACUUAUUUGUAUUAUUGUAAUUACGAAUGAUCAAUUUUAAAUCGUCGUUUUUGUUACUUUUCUGUUUAAGUUCUAUUCAAAAUAAAAUGACAGCAUAUUCUAAACGAAAACUGGCUCUGCGUUUGCGCCAGCGUGUUAUAAUAUUAAAAAAUCGUCGACCACCAAGAUCUGUUGCUCUUUUUUAAUACAUUCGUGAAAAAAGUGCAGUGUUGCGUUUCACCCCCUUUCCCUCGUUUAAAAAACUAAUGAAGACUUUAAAUGAAAAUUUAUUCUACCCUAAGUGUGAUAUCGUAACUACUAUUGUAACGAAAUAUGUUCUAAAUUUAAAAUUAAAUUGAAAAAAACAGAACCAAAACUCCAAUAAAUGAACUUUUAUUAUAAACAACAAAUUCUUAAUUUUAGGUAUUCAUUCACAUUAUAUGAAAACAAAUUACAUCGUAUUUCUAUUCGUAGAGUGUAAGUUAUGCUCAAUUUAAUACACGUGGACGGAAACGGAAAAAUCCUUUUUUACUAGCAAUUUGUAAAUAAUAUUAUACAUAGUUUAAAACUUAACUAGUUAAUUAAUUAUUAUUGACAUGCAUAUAUAUUCAAGCAAAGGCAAAUUAUUUAUUAAAUCGUGAGUGGAGUUUACUCGUGUAUGUACAUACUUUUGUAUGUCCCAUCCGACUUUUGUUACUGCAAAGAUCGUAAUUGGAUUAAGCCGUAGAGAUUUUGGAGGUUUGUAAAUUUUGACGAAACAAUUAUUCUAAAUAAAAUUAGGACCUUAGGCUAGGAAAUAUGAUUGUUUACCGACGUCAAUAUUUUCCCGUUUCCGUUCAAGAAACACUACACAUCUCAAAAGAUUUUUUAAAAAAGUGACGUUGUGCUGAACUAGUGUGAAAAUGCGGCGUCGCCCGCAUAACCAUACCGAGCAAAAUCAAUCACCUCAUCAAUAAGAUAGACGCGAUUUAUUACUCGAAGAUGAUGCAAUUAAAAUUCGAUUGGUUUUACUCGGAAUUGGAAAUCGUUUUGUAAUAAAUCUAACGCUUUAGCGUGGUCCCCCGGGAUCACGGAGGCCAUUUUGGCCUCGAAACAUUCCGUGAGGCUGUUUUGCAAAAAUGUAAUACUAAGUGUACUAGACAUAAACCAGUGUAUAACGUAAAAGUACCUUACUAUGUUAUAGAGCACUAUGCAACAGUUUUUCAGUUUCCAAACCAGUUUCAAGCACUCUCUCGAACGGUCCAGGUCCUCUGGAAGGUGGUCCAUGAUUAAAUUAUCGCAGAUUCGGGAAGUAAAUCAGGAAUAAAGUGGCAUAGAUUCACCUGCAUGGAAACUAUUUACUUACUUACACUCUAUAGUAAUUUAAUAAAACUGAUAUGUUUUAUGCUUUCGCAUUCUUCUUCAAAUCACGAUUGAAUAGUGCUCUAAUUGGACGCUUUCGUCCUCCGAUGUUUUAUUUCACGGGAUCCACCUAACAGACUAAUUUAUUUUAAUUUUAUUAUUUAUUUUUGUUAUUGUUGAUAAAAAUUCGAUGCGGUCCUAUUCUAUAUGUAUGUAAGUCAUAAUCGUGCAAUAAAAAUAUUCUAAACUAGGCUUCAUCUAUAAGUGAAUGGUUCGUCCUUCCGCCAAAGGGUUGGACCAGUUAUUAUUUUUUAUAUUUCGUACCUUGAGUAGCAUAGACACGGUAAUAUUUAUUAAAAGAGAUGUAGAGAUAUCUAAUUUAAAAAUUAUUGUGAUAAGUCUGUUCACAACACGGUUCUUGAGUGUGAAUAUGAGACUAUUGUGAUGUUGGGAGCGUUUUAUAUAAUAUCUAGAGAUUUUUAUAAACAUGGCAGUUUGUUAGGUUGAUCUUUUGACCAGACAUAAAAUAAUCCUUUUUACAUUCGUUUUUUAAGUCUGGUCGUUUAAUUGAUAGUUUGUUUGCGUUGUUCAAAUCUAUAGUGAUAAGAAUAAGCUACGGUUACAAGAUUUUUAUAUUUGUCGUACCUAUUAAUAAAUAAUGUAUUACCUCGAAAUUACAAGAACAUAUCGUUUUCAAGCAUUUUUUCAUUUUGAAUACAAACGAUUAUGAUUUAAAGAAUUUGCUAUGGAUUCGUGGUUUGUAACUGUAGCUUAUUUUAUAGUGAUAUUAGUUUCUUAAUGUCUGAAAUAAGUACAAGUUUAUAUUUAUAUUUUAUAGUUUGAAUUGUUAUUUUUUCGCGUGAAUGGUUGUGUGUAUGUUUAAACAAUAAUGUAAAAAAAUACACGAAAAUUCUAACAAAUUCUUAACCAUAACUUAUACAACUUCGCAUAUUUAAAAACCAAAUACAACAUCUUGCCUUUAUUUAUUUAAUUAAUUUAAGAAACGGAUAAAAAUAAAACACAAUUUUAAUACAAUUUUGCAAGUUUAGGCACAAUACAAAUCUUUUUCUAAAAUUCGAAAACCGAAAAAGUAUAAUUAAUAUAACUCUGAUUGUACAUGAAUUAAUAUCAUUUCCACGAGCACACUGAAAUUAGCUGUAGUACUAUUAGAUUUAAGUGUUGUGUAGAAUACUAUAUACAGUUGUUACUAUGUAACUGAAGCUGUACAAAGCAUCACAUCUAAAAUACAAUAAUGUUGCCAGAUCUCAUAAAAA